CAUCUCUAGUAAUUGUGUGUUUGCAUUGAAAUAGUUUUGAAUUGUCCAUUUCAUUUAUAAAAUAAAUUUUGUUUUACUUGUUAUGAAAUGUCACAAACCGAAAUAUCAUGUGGUUUAGAUUACAUUACUACCCCAGACUUGCAAUCAUGUCUCACAGAAGCGCUUCAUUGCAAUUAUUCAUUCAUUGUUUCACCUAUAGUUCAUCCACGUUUUCGUAGACAACAUGUUAUGAAUGUCGGCAAAACCGGCGGAUUUACACGAUCGGAUAUGGUUUUGUCACCUCAAGACUGGACUACUAGACUGGUUGGGAAGCUUUCAUCCUAUCUAAAUGUUGAUUCAGCUUCGCCUAUUGUUCGUCAACGGCAUGAAGAUUGUUUAAAUGAAGAGCUAUCGUAUUGCCGGGGUCUGGGUGUACCGGCUAUAAUGCUAACUUUACAUGGACGGGAGACUAAUAACUUAGCAAGAAUACUACAAACCUAUUAUGAAACAAGCCAUCACAUUUCACUUAUCUGGGCACGGGUGCCAAUGGUAUGUAAUAAACUUUUACGAAACCAUGUUGAUGAAAAUGAGGAAAAUGAAGAGUCAUGGAAUGAAACUUGGUUUUGGUGGUCUAAGUUUCAUGAAAGAUUGGAAUGGGACAAACGUGUUGGUGUUGUACUAGAGCUGUCUGCUGAUCUGCCAUCAGAAGAUUUGUUGAAGAGAUGGCUUGGGGAACCAGUAAAAGCCAUUAUUGUACCUACUUCUAUAUUCCACAAUAACAAAAAAGGCUAUCCUGUAUUAUCACGGGCACACCAGCAGUUGGUGGUAAAUAUGGUGGAACAUGAAGCACAAGUUAUAGUAAGUGGUGCUAGAAGAUCUAACAUAGAAUUCUACUUGCAGUAUUUAUAUAGAUUAUGGAAGAGACGCCCCAACCCUGCUGAUGAUCCUAUGUUGAGUUAUGCUAGAGGGUGGGAAGAUUACCUCCAAACUCCAUUACAGCCACUUGCGGAUAAUCUAGAUACACAUACAUACAAUGUAUUUGAGAAGGAUCCUGUUAAGUAUGACCAGUACCAAAAAGCUAUAGCACUAGCUUUAAUUGAUCUCCAAAAAAAUAAUAUAAAGACAACUAAUAAAGAUACAUCCAUAUUAGAGGUUAUGACAGAAAAAAAGGAAAUAGCUCAAGGAGAUAGUAGCAGUGACACAAAUAAGGUUUUCACUGUUAUGGUAUUGGGUGCGGGCAGAGGACCAUUAGUACGUGCUACAUUAAAUGCAGCUGAUAUUACAAAUAGUAAAGUGAAGGUGAUAGCAGUGGAAAAGAAUCCUUGCGCCGUAGUGGUGUUGGCAGCUCAAGUACGCGAGGUGUGGCGGGAUCGUGAUGUUGUUGUUGUACCAGGCGACAUGAGACAAUUAAACCUGACGCCGAAGGCAGAUAUUAUUGUUUCUGAAUUACUAGGAUCUUGGGGUGAUAAUGAGCUCUCGCCAGAAUGUUUAGAUGGCGCUGCUGGUCUACUUAAACCUGGUGGCAUAUCAAUACCGUGUCAAUACAAGUCCCAUCUUGCACCAAUUUCAUCUCCACGAUUAUGGGCAGCGGCAAAGGCAGCUACAACUGGUACUGUCACAUCAAAAGACAAGAAUCUCGAAACACUGUGGGUAGUUUAUAUGCAGAAUAAGCAUGAUAUAGCCGAGACAAAGGAAGUUUUUAAUUUUGAACAUCCAGUGAAGGGUGUAAGGGACCAUAAUGGACAAGAAAUGUCUGAUUAUAGGGGAUUGCCACUAACAGAUAACAGAAGAUCAGCUACUAUAUCUUGGGAUGUUAGGCAAGACAAUGUCAUGCAUGGGUUUGGUGGUUAUUUCGAUUGUUUAUUGUAUGGCAAUGAAAGUAUAAGCAUAGUACCAUCUACACAUAGUCCAGGGAUGAUUUCUUGGUUUCCAAUUUUUAUACCAAUCAAGACACCAUUACGGGUGGAAAAAGGACAGGUGAUAACAGCAACUUUUUGGCGUUGCGUAGAUUCCCGAAGAGUGUGGUACGAAUGGAUAGUAGAAGUUGGCAAUCGGACAACGGUACUGCAUAAUUCCAAUGGACGAAGUUCAGAAAUGUUGUUAUGAUUCAAAUUAAAUAUAAACUUGGAAAUGUCGUAAUUCAUUAUACACCCCAAUUAAGAUAAUUAAUUAAAUAAAUAUUAAGGUUAAUACUAUAGUAAUAAUUUUUAGAAAUAGUUAAAAGUAAGUAAUAUU